CCAGGCUCCACCUUUUUCCGCCAGGGCUGUGAUGGAGGACGAGGAGGCUGAGGAGCAACAGAGAUUCUCUUACCAACAGAGGCUAAAGGCAGCAGUUCACUGCAGUGUUGGCUGUCUUUGCAAGGAAGUUGCAUCGGAUUUUGGAGGUGACUUUUUGACAGUGAGAAACUUUGCAAAAGAUCUUGAAAUGUUUGCCAGACAUGCAGAAAGAAGCACAAUUAACACCGACGAUGUGAAGCUCUUAGCCAGGAGGAGCAACUCACUGCUGAAGAAUAUCACAGAGAAAAGUGAAGCGAUUGCUCAGUUUACCCUAGAACAAAUGGCAAAGAAGAAAAAGAAGUUCAAGAAUGGAAACAAAGAUUCAAGGGAGCCAGCAGAGGCUGGAGUAGUGGAAAGUGAGAACCAGACUCAGCUACUUGGAAAAGAAGUCUUUAGUAGGUAGAGCCACCCAGGAAUGCAUAUUGUCACAAAGGGGAUUCUAAGUGGAGAUUAGAAAAAAAAGACCAGGAAGCUUUUUGUCUUAUGUUCUCUAAGUCAUUGACUUCAAAAGAUAAUUGAAAAGAGAACUGAAAACUCUUAAGCAAGAUACACCCAUGUCUUACUCAAGCACAUAAAAAAGGAAUUGUCUUUGAGUGGUAUGUUUGAAGUGGUAUCUAUUGGAAUUAAUAGGAUUGUGUUAACAA